AUGUUCACCAAAACUUAUGAUCGCUGGGGAGGCACACAAGCCUUUGGACUCAUCUGUAGUCCAUCGUCCAAUGCCGUCUACGACGGAAAACUCGCUUUUCUACCUGCGCUGGAAGACGUGUUGGUAACCAUGUGGCACGAAAGUGGUCAUCGAGCAGAAGUCACUUGUAUGGCACAGUCGCCACAGAAAGACGUCUUUGCGGUCGGAUACAUGGAUGGGUCGAUCAGAUUGUGGAGUGUUGAGACUGCUUCGUCAAUUGUGGUGCUGAAUGGGCACAAAAAAUCCGUUACUGCCAUGUGUUUUGACUCGACGGGUCAACGACUCGCAUCGGGCUCUCAAGACACAAACGUUAUUCUUUGGGACGUUGUAGCGGAGACAGGACUAUUCCGACUACGGGGACAUAGGGACCAGAUCACUGGUAUCAAAUUUAUCGAAAAGGGCGAUCCUUCGACAUCAAAAGGCACAACAUCCGCCCAGUUUCUCGUGACCUCUGGCAAGGACACCUUCCUCAAGCUUUGGGAUCUGUCGACGCAGCACUGUAUACAGAGCAUGGUAGCGCACCGGUCCGAGGUCUGGACACUAGACAUUGAUCCAUCUGGAAGUGUCAUUCUCACCGGAAGCGGCGAAGGAGAGAUCAAGGCUUGGAAGAUUGACCACGAAGAACUUGAUAAAGGCCUGCAAGAAACUUCGACUGGAGAGUACGCCAAGAUGAUUCAUCCCCUCACCACGCUUCCAAUGACAUCCAAACAUCGUGUGUCGCAGCUGGCGUAUCAUCCCACGGCCCCCUUUCUUGCUAUACAGUCGCACGAAAAGGCUGUUGACGUCUUUAGGAUACGUACAGAAGACGAGAUUCGGAAGAAACAGGCUCGGAGGCAGAAGCGAGCCAAGGAGAAAAAGGUGCAAAAGGCCGAGGCUUUGCAAGAAGCUGUGAAUGAGGAUGAUGAUCACGCACAGAAAGAGAUACAGCUCGUGGAUCUAUACACGCCAUAUCUUGUUAUAUUUACUGCAUUGUCGACAAACUCGGCCGAGGUCUACACAAUACCACUACCAACCAAAACCAAGGAGACACCAGAAGCGGCACGCAUAUUCUCACUCGAUCUACCCGGGCAUAGGACCGAUAUUCGAGUGGCAUCGCUAAGCGCUGACGAGCAACUUCUCGCCACCGCUUCGAGUGGUAUGCUCAAAAUUUGGAACAUGAAAAGCAUGACGUGCAUACGUACGCUCGAGUGCGGCUAUGCUGUCUGUGGGUGUUUCCUCCCGGGGGAUCGGCAUGUCAUUAUUGGAACAAAGAGCGGCGAGCUCGAAUUGUUUGACGUCGCCUCAGCGUCCAAGUUGGAGACAAUCAAGGCGCAUACUAGCACUGUAUGGUCACUGCACAUACGCCCUGAUUUCGGUGGUCUAGUGACUGGAAGUGCCGACAAGGAUGUUAAAUUCUGGGACUUUGAAGAUAAAAAGGACGAAGAGCAGCCGUCCCGCAAAGUCAAGACGCUUGUGCAUACACGGACACUCAAAAUGUCGGACGAGGUCCUUGCUGUUAGAUACAGUCCAAACUCGCGGUUUCUCGCGGUUGCAUUAUUGGAUGCGACGGUCAAAAUUUUCUAUCAAGAUACACUCAAGUUUUUCCUAUCAUUAUAUGGUCACAAGCUGCCCGUGCUAUCACUGGAUAUUUCUUCCGACUCCAAGCUUAUAAUUACCUCUUCAUCGGACAAGAAUGUCAAGAUAUGGGGCAUGGACUUUGGAGACUGUCACAAGUCAAUAUUUGCUCACGAAGAAAGUGUGAUGCAGGUAUUGUUCGAACCAAGAAGUCAUCGCUUCUUCUCGGUGUCAAAGGACCGAUGGGUGAAGCAUUGGGAUGGAGACACGUUUCAAUUAAUACAAAAAAUGGAUGGUCACCACGGCGAGAUUUGGGCCAUGGCUAUCGGUUCCAGUGGCGACAUCCUUGUAACAGGCUCGCAUGACAAGUCUAUUCGGAUAUGGGAGAACGUGAAAGAAAUCGUGGUUCCCGCUGAACUGCGCGAAAACGAACAGCAGGCCCUCGACGACCAAGCAUAUGCGGACGAACUCAAUCGAGAGGAACGACCCAUAGGAUCCGGCGUCGAAGGUGGUAUGGAGCUUGCCGGGAGUGGUUAUCAGGCAGAGGCAACAAUGGUGCAAAAGACGACGACGGAGACCUUGAUGGCAGGCGAAAAGAUUGCGGAAGCAAUGGAGCUGGCGGACAAAUACUCGCGUGACGUAGAAGAAUACCAGCGUGCCAAGGAGCGUCUCCCAGCGAGUGAGAGGGAGAAGUAUGCCGACGCAUUGCCGAACAGCUUGCGGAUACGCGGCGAACCGGUCAGUCCAGAUGAGUACGUGCUCGACGUGAUCGAGAAGGUGCAAAAUGCGGCUCUAUACGAUGCAUUGCUUGCGCUGCCCUUCAGCCAGGUGACGCGGCUGCUUCACUACAUGGAUGCAUGGGCGAAAAAGGGAAUUCAAACCACGUUGACAUCGAACAUGCUAGCGUAUCUUCUGCGGAUACAUUCUUCGCAGAUUGUCGCCACUCGGUCGUUGAGGCCGUUACUCGUCUCGCUCAGAGGUCAUCUGCGCCUUGCACUGUCACGGCAGAGAACGCAAAUGGGGUAUAACCUAGCCGCGUUGCGAUUCAUUAAGCGACAGGACGACGAUACACGGACGGCUGAAUUUUACGAGCGCGGCGAGCGCGAAGAGUGGGCGGAAGAGGACAUUGAGGCGGCCCGGGAGCGCCUACAGAGUGGAGAGAGCAAGAAGAGGAAGCGGGUGAGCAUCAAGGCUUAG